CACCACGGAGAAUGAAAUUUAAAAUGGGGGAAAUUUUGAAAGAUUUCACUGUGUUUACAGAACAACUCGAGACGUUUAUCUUAUCGUAUGGUAAGAAAACGAGUGUAGCUAAAUCGGGAUUGAAUUCGACGAUCUUGCGACCAUGUAACAAACCCAAUAUUUGUGAUUUCAGUGUGGCUGCGGCGAUGGUGGAGAGAUUGAAAAUUAAGGACCUCAACAUCACCGCAUUCUCAGAAGAAUUGAAAAAGGAAUCCAGUCACUGGCCGUUUCCAAUCAAAUCCUGCAUCAUCACAGCCAAGGGAUCGCUGAGUAUCAAUCUCCAUCGUCCUAGCGUUUUCAAGCACGUCUUGAGCACGGUUUCACAACUAGGCGAUCAAUAUGGGAAGUCUGAGGCAUCCAUCCAAGACCCGGCUAAAGCUCCUCCUGGAGUGAGCGUUGUAAAUAACAGUCUCCUAAGGGCGGAGAGAGAAAGGAGAGCAACAGAAGAAAAUGUUGAGGUGUCGCUGAAUCAGUUGAGGGGUCUUCUGUUGACAGAACACCUUUCCAGAUUAAUCAGAGAAGCAGGAUUUCAAGUUAAUCAUUUGACGCCAACUACACCAGCAUUUUCCAAAGUACUCACCCAGUUUGGACUUGGUUCAAUUUAUAAACACACAGCAGACAUUUCAUCAGAAGAGAGCUCAAGAUGUGAAACACAACAGCAAUUAAUCCUAGCUGCAAAUAGCUCUAAAUACAGGAUACAUUCAGAGUCAGGUCGUCAGGACGAUAAAGGCUCGGGUCAGAGGUCAGACGAUGUAGGUUUAGGUCAGAGGUCAGUUGGAAAUGAUGUCAAAGGUCACGGUCGGAGGAGAGAUGAGCAAGAGGUGUUGGAUUUAUCAAGUGAGGUCCAGCUGGAUUUGCAACAGUUUAUCGCUGAGGAAAAACUCGCACAUGGAAAAUCUGGAUAUGACAAGAACCUACAGAGGGUAACAGUGGUCUCUUCAAAUGGAACACCUUCUCCUGUGAUGAUGCAGUGCUGUACUAUUGAACAAGGUCUUAGUCAGCUGCAACCACCGCCUUCUCACCUCAUCCACGUAUCGAGCCAAGAUAUGGGUUUUCGGCAACAGCAAGUUGACCUGGCGUGGCGGCUGUGUACCGGACACGCUUCACUACCUGGCAUCAAUCAGCACCAUGUUACCCACGGACCUGUUGCUGUGUGUGGGGCUGGGUUUAAAGGAACUAUAAGCGCUUCAGAGCUCCUUAGGUUAAGAGAAUCUCAAACCAGGGAAGCGUCCAUCUUGAAAUAUGGGGAAGAAGUACAAGGUGAAGGUUGGGAGAGUCUAAUUCAUAGACUGACCAUCGCUGGCUUAAAGUUUGAAAUACUAGGCAAGCAGCACCGACACAUGCUUAAACUGGACCUCUCCAACAGCCACAACAAUAGCACAUGGCCGGAUAGCAGGGAUGGUGUCUUUGUCAUGUAUAACUAUGCCCGGCUGUGUACGCUGUUUAGUCGUUUUGAGCAGGAAGUUAAAAAAGCGACUUACCCUCCGCUGCCAAGUAUCUCAACCAUAGACUUCAGUCUUCUGCGGGAAGACCAGGAGUGGGGCCUUGCCUUCAACUACGUGCUACAAUAUCCAGUCAUGCUGUCUGAAUGCGUUAGUGAUUUACAAAACGGAAAAGGGCCACACCUCAACAUUCAGACACAUAGGGUGUGCAGUUUUCUUGCCAGUCUGUGUAGAGACCUCAGUUCGUACUACAGCCAUACCCACAUAUUAGGGGAGCCCAGACCUCAUCUUAUCGCCGUCAUGUUUGCUCGUCUUUAUCUUCUGAGAAGUGUCCAUCAAGUCCUCAAGAAUGGAUUCUCACUACUCAACAUAGAACCUCUAUCGCAGAUGUAAAGGCCCUGUCACACAGACCCCGAUAAUGAGAACGAAAACGAGAACAAAAAAAUGCAUGUCCUCGAUUGGUUGAAUAAGCAUGGGUGUAUUCUGCUUGGAGCCAUUCAACCAAUAGAAUGCGUUCUCUUUGUGUCGUUAUCGUUUUCGUUAUCGCUGCAGUGUGAC